AUGGACAACCAGACAGUGUUGGCGGUCCAGUCUCUACUGGAUGGCCAAGGAGGAGUUCCUGACCCAAACAACCAGAAUGUCUCUGGGACACCUACCAUUCAGUCAAUGGACGACGAGGAUGUCUUCCUCUGUGGGAAGUGUAAGAAACAGUUCAACUCUCUGCCGGCCUUCAUGACUCAUAAAAGGGAACAGUGUCAGUCCAAUGCUCCUUCCUUGUCCACUGUUUCUUUAGCCUCCACCAAUUCCUACACACACGUCCCCUCCAUCAGCUCAGGGCAACAGACACCCGCCAACAGACAGGUGUCCACCUACAUCACAGUGCCUCCAUCCCCUCUGACACACACGCUGGUCCAAGGCAAUGUGCUGGUGAGCGAUGACGUUCUGAUGUCAGCCAUUUCUGCUUUCACCUCCAUUGAUCAGCCCAUGGCCACCAUGCAGACACCCAUACAGGUAAGACAGCAGAGCAACCUGAACAUGCACACAGCUGGUGUAUCUUACCUCCAGCACCAUCAUCAUCACCAUCAUCACCAACAGCAGCCCUCCCAUUCCCUUCCAUCUGGCCAGACACCAGCCCACCCACUUCCAUCAGGACAGCCGUCCCAGCAGCCCCUCUCCUCCCAGGUCCCUGCCAGUCACAGCAACUCAGUGGUUCAGGUCUACAGCACACUGCCCCCUAUGGCUGGGGGUAGUAGUGCAGAGAUCCACACUUUGGGCCUGCAAACUUUCCAACCAGUACAGGUGCCUAGUCAGUGUGUGGAGAGCCAGUCGUUCACCACCCCUCCUGUGUACAGCCCUGGAAAACAGGGCACCAAAACCAAGACCUGCAGCAUCACAACCAACCUGUCGGAGCUGGGGGACUUUGAGAGGGUCAUCAUCCCCAAACGACCGAGGAACAGCAAGAAAAGUUCUGACAGAGCCACAGAAGAACCACUGAAAGGAAAAGGUCCAAAGCUGAAGUGUAAUUUCUGUGAAAAAAUCUUCUCCAAAAACUUUGAUCUUCAGCAACACAUCAGAAGUCACACGGGGGAGAAGCCCUUCCAGUGUAUCGUAUGUGGUCGAGCCUUUGCCCAGAAGUCAAACGUCAAGAAGCACAUGCAGACCCACAAGGUUUGGCCUCUUGGUGUGUCCAGCACGGUGCCAAGGUUACCAAUCACAGUAAAGGUGGUGCCGGUGUUACCCAGUGAGGAAGAGGGUGCCAAAGAACAGCAGCAACAAGCGGAACAGGAAGUGGAGGUGCCGCAGCAGCAGAUAAGCCAGUCACAGACAGAAGAAGAGGCAGAGCAUACAGAGGGUCCACGGGAGCCGGUGGAGAGGGGCAGCGUUCCUCAGGAUGAUCUGGAGGGCGGCCAAAGGGAUGACAUGCAGAACGGACAUGCCCAACCUCAGGUCCCGUCCAUCCAGAAGCAGCAGAACCAGGGCCAGACCAAACAGAUUGUCAUAAUAGACAGCUCCUACCAGUGCCAGUUCUGCGCCAGCAAGUUCAGCACCUACUUCCAGCUCAAGUCCCACAUGACCCAGCACAAGGGGGAACAGGUCUACAAGUGCGUGCUCAAGUCCUGCUCCCAGACAUUCCAGAAGCUGGACCAGUUCCUGGAGCACAUCAGGACACACCAGGAGCAGCUGACCUACCGCUGCCACCUGUGUAGCAAGGUGUUCCCCUCGCUGUUCGAACUGGGGGUCCACCAGUACUCCCACUGCUUCUGCCCCCAGCAGAGCACACGCAAAGAAACCGCCGUCUUCAGGUGUAUGAAAUGCCAAAGCAAGUACUCUACCCAGGAGGCCCUGGAACAGCAUCUGCUGACGGCCUCACACAACUUCCCCUGCCCACACUGUCAAAAGGUGUUCCCGUGCGAGAGGUACUUCAGGCGCCACCUCCCCACGCAUGGUGUCGGAGGAAGGUUCAAGUGCCAAAUUUGCAAGAAGGCAUUCAAGACGGAGCACUACCUUAAACUUCACACACGCAUCCACUCAGGUGAGAAGCCAUAUAAAUGUUCCCUCUGUGAGGCGACGUUCAACAGGAAGGACAAAGUGAAGAGGCACAUGCUCAUUCAUGAACCUUUUAAGAAGUACAAGUGUCCUUUCAGGACACAUGUCGGCUGCACGAAAGAGUUCAACAGGCCAGACAAACUCAAGGCGCACAUUUUGUCCCAUUCUGGUAUCAAACCCUACAAGUGUCUGUUCUGUCAGAAGGCGUUCAGCCGCAGGGCCCACAUGCUGGAGCACCAGCAGUCACACACCGACAACUACCGGUUCCGCUGCUCUGCCUGCAACAAGGGCUUUACCAGACACAACUACUACAGAGACCACAAGUGCCCCACGGCCGGGGCCAGCAUGGGUUCCCGGCCUGGGUCCGAGGGGGAGGAGAUGUUGGGAGGGCCAAUGGGAAAAGAGCAGAACAGAACAGGGGAGAGGAGGAGGACGACAGUGACGGGGAAGGGGGGAAGCCUAAGGACUGCCGGGCGAGACGACAGUGGGGAAAACGAGGCGUCGAAAGGAGAUGCCGAUCAGGGGUCGGAGCUGGAACAGGACGGGGAGGAUGACGAUGGAGCAGAAGAAGAAGAGGAGGAAGAGGAGGAGGAGGGGGGAGGGCAGGUCACCAGUGAGGAGCCUCAAGCUGUGAUGUCCAUCAUCACCAGUGAAGGACGAGCAGAGGGAAGAGAGGAAGAGGUCGGUGAAGGUCUGGAGGGCGACGGCAAGACGAUGGAGCAGGUUCAGAGUAAUGAUAGAGACCGUUUACGGCAGCCAUGUUUGUAAUUCUGGAUUCCAUCCGUGUACAUUUAUUUUAUUUCCUGGACCUGGAAAAAAUUAACAAAACUAAGCCAUUCAUUGUGAAGAACAAGUGAUAUCUGUGUCUUGGGAAUGAGCCACCUUGCUCACUUUGUUUUAAAUUAAAACAGUAUUUAAAAUAUACCUUAUCACUUUAUCAGUAAAUAAGUGAUUUUGUUCGAUGAGGUCAGGAAACACAAGGGCCACACUUUUUUUUAAAGCACAGAUUUUUGUGCCUAUGAACAAAUGUAAAGCAGGUUCAUGUUUGACAGAACUGACCAUAAAAACACAUCCCAAGCCUAAAAGUCAACAGACCAGUCGAAUGUUUUCAUACAUGGGGCGCCUGGGUGGCGUGGCGGUCUAUUCCGUUGCCUACCAACACGGGGAUCGGCGGUUCAAAUCCCCGCGUUACCUCCGGCUUGGUCGGGCAUCCCUACAGACACAACUGGCCGUGUCUGCGGGUGAGAAGCCGGAUGUGGGUGUGUGUCCUGGUCGCUGCACUAGCGCCUCCUCUGGUCGGUCGAGGCGUCUGUUCGGGGGGGGGGGUAGCGUGAUCCUCCUACGCGCUACGUCCCCCUGGUGCAACUCCUCUGUCAGGCGAAAAGACGGGGCUGGCGACUCCACAUGUAUCGGAGGAGACAAAAGUUCUCAUACAUGUGGGACGUCGGGGGGGGGGGGGGUGUGUGACUGAAACACAGCAAGCACUGGAAUGGUCAGUGGCAAUGAGAACCAUCACACCUCCAGACAGAAGACCGGUGCUGAUGACCGCAUCACCACAAGCAUCUGCCCCGCUGCUUGGUGAGGCACAGACCCGCUACCAGCCCCAACUACCAUCCCUGGUUAAGGCAAAAUGAGACCGUCC